CCGAAAGUGUUUUUCCUAAAGUCUCCAGCGUUUUUAUCCAGCGUUCCGGGAAUGUAAACUUUAUCGGCCCAAACGGUGAUAUUAACGUCACACAACAAUAAUUUCGAAUAAAGGAGUGUAAUUCAUCACAGCAGAGGAGAUCAGACUCUUCAGGACUCGGCUGUGUGUUUGUGCCAUCUUUACUAAUCUUCAAAGAUGGAUAAUCCUGACCGGGACAAAGAUAUUUCCAGGCUCUUAGAAGAACGUGAAUUCUAUGGAAACAGACGAGGAUCCCCAUCACCCAGCGGUGUCUCCAUGAAGAGUGCUGUGUCUAUGGAGCCUCCUGAGAAUUUUAGUGGUGGAGUUUCAUCACCUCUACACAGGAACGACCCAGCUAUUAAAGAAUUCCGGAAAAAGUUCAAAUUAAAUCUAAUGAAGAAAUUUCAGUGUUUGAAUGGAGUGAUGAUGAACCUGGGAACCCAAACACUCCUGAAUGAGAUCUACACAGAGCUCUACAUCACAGAGGGAGACAGUGGAGACGUCAAUAAAGAACAUGAGGUGAGACAGAUCGAGGCAGCAUCCAGGAGAACAACAACAGAGGAAACACCAAUCAAAUGCAAUGACAUCUUUAAGCCCUUAUCUGAACAAGACGAACCCAUCAGAACUGUGCUGACAAAGGGAGUCGCUGGCAUCGGAAAAACUGUCUCUGUGCAGAAGUUCAUUCUGGACUGGGCUGAAGGGAAAACAAAUCAGGACGUCCACCUCAUAUUUCCACUUCCUUUCAGAGAGCUGAAUUUGAUGAAGGACCAGAAACUGAGUCUGAUGGAGCUCCUUCAUGUCUUUUUUAAAGAAACGAAAGAAACCGAAAUGUACAGUUUGGAAAAUGUUCUGUUAAUUUUUGACGGAUUGGACGAGUGUCGUUUUCCUCUAGAUUUCCAGAACACAGUGAGAGUGUGUGAUGUAACUGAAUCAGUAUCAGUGCCUGUGCUGCUGAUAAACCUGAUCAAAGGGAAUCUGCUUCCCUCUGGUCUCAUCUGGAUCACCUCCCGACCUGCAGCAGCUGAUCAAAUCCCCUCUGAGUGUGUCCAUCGAGUCACAGAGGUACGAGGGUUCAAUGACCCACAGAAGGAGGAGUACUUCAGGAAGAGGAUCAGUGAUCAGAGCCUGGCCAAUAACAUCAUCACACACCUGAAGUCAUUAAGAAGCCUCUACAUCAUGUGCCACAUCCCAGUCUUCUGCUGGAUUUCAGCCGCUGUUCUAGAGAGAAUGUUGUGUGAAGCAGAGAGUGGAGAGAUCCCCAAGACUCUGACUCAAAUGUACACACACUUCCUCAUCAUUCAGAUAAACAUCAUAAGAAAAAAGUACUCAAAGAAGCAGGAGAGUGAUGAAGAAAUGCUUCUUAAACUGGGACAACUGGGUUUUGAGCAGCUGAAGAAAGGGAACCUGAUCUUCUAUGAGGAAGACCUGAGAGAGUGUGGCAUUGAUGUGAGAGAAGCAGCAGUGUACUCAGGUGUGUGUACGCAGAUCUUCAGAGAGGAGUUUGGGCUUCACAAGAGUAAAGUGUACUGCUUUGUUCAUUUGAGUAUUCAGGAACACCUCGCAGCUCUGUAUGUGCACCUGUGGUUCAGGAAAACCAAGACAAAUGCUCUUAAAAAGAAGAAGAAAAAGCAAGUAAUUAAAGAUUUGGAUCUACACAAGUGUGCUGUGGACCAGGCUUUAGGGAGUCAGACUGGACAUCUGGAUCUUUUCCUUCGCUUUCUUCUGGGUCUCUCACUGAAGUCCAGUCAGGAUCUCUUACAGACCUUAGUAACACAGACAGGAAGAAGCUCCCAGAGAACAAAGAAAACAGUUCAGUACAUUAAGAAGAAGAUCAGUAAUGAUCUUCCUCCAGAGAAAUCCAUCAAUCUGUUCCACUGUCUGAAUGAACUGGGUGAUAAUUCUCUAGUGGAGGAAAUCCAACAUUAUCUGAAAUCUGGAAAACAAAGUGAACUCUCUUCUUCACAGUGGUCUGCUCUAGUGUUUGUGUUACUGACAUCAGCAGAGGAGCUGGAAGAGUUUGACCUGAGUAAAUAUAUCAGUGAAGAUAAGAUAACAGAAUCUGUUCUUCUGAAGGUAAUGCCUGUGAUUGCAGCAUCCAGAAAAUCAAUGUUGCAUGAUUGUGGUGUCUCAGGUGAAGGCUGUGCUGCUCUGAUUUCAUCUCUAAAAUCAAACCCCUCACACCUGAGAGACCUGGAUCUGUCGAAGAAUAAUGUAGGAGACUCAGGAAUGAAGUCUCUUUCCACUGUACUGGAGAAUCCUCUCUGUAAACCGCAUAGUCUGUGGAUGAUUGAUUGUGGUGUCUCAGAUGAAGGCUGUGCUGCUCUGACUUCAGCUCUGAGAUCAAACCCCUCACACCUGAGAAAGCUGAAUCUGUCCUAUAAUGAUGUAGGAGACUCAGGAGUGAAGUGUCUCUCUGCUCUACUGGAGAAUCCUCUCUGUAAACUGGAGAUACUGAGGUUGGAUUCGUGUGAUGUCUCAGAUGAAGGCUGUGCUGCUCUGACUUCAGCUCUGAGAUCAAACCCCUCACACCUGAGAGACCUGGAUCUGUCCCAUAAUCAUGUAGGAGACUCAGGAGUGAAGUGUCUCUCUGCUCUACUGGAGAAUCCUCUCUGUAAACUGGAGACACUGAGGUUGCAGUGGUGUGGUGUCUCAGAUGAAGGCUGUGUUGCUCUGACUUCAGCUCUGAGAUCAAACCCCUCACACCUGAGAGACCUGGAUCUGUCCUAUAAUAAUGUAGGAGACUCAGGAGUGAAGCGUCUCUCUGCUCUUAAGGAUGAUGAACAUUUUAAACUACAGACACUGACGUUGCGUGAGUGUGAUGUCUCAGAUGAAGGCUGUGCUGCUCUGACUUCAGCUUUGAGAUCAAACCCCUCACACCUGAGAGAACUGGAUCUGUCCUGUAAUGAUGUAGGAGACUCAGGAGUGAAGUGUCUCUCUGCUCUACUGGAGAAUCCUCUCUGUAAACUGGAGAUACUGCGGUUGUAUAAUUGUGGUGUCUCAGGUGAAGGCUGUGCUGCCCUGACUUCAGCUCUGAGAUCAAACCCCUCACACCUGAGAGACCUGGAUCUGUCCUAUAAUAAUCUCAGAGAUUCAGGAGUAAAGCAUCUGUCUGCUGUUCUGGAGAAUCCUUACUGUAAAGUAGUGACACUGAGGUUGUGUAAUUGUGGUGUCUCAGAUAUAGGCUGUGCUGCUCUGACCUCAACUCUAAAAUCAAACCCCUCACACCUGAGAGAACUGGAUCUGUCUAGUAAUAAUGUAGGAGUUUCAGGAAUAAAGUCUCUCGCUGUUGUACUGAAGAAUCCUCAGUGUAAACUGAAGACCCUGUGGUUGUGUAAGUGUAGUGUCUCAGAUGAAGGCUGUGCUGCUCUGACUUCAGCUCUGAGAUCAAACCCCUCACACCUGAGAGAACUGACUCUGUCCUUUAAUAAACUUGGGGACUCAGGAGUGAAGUGUCUCUCUGCUCUACUGGAGAAUCCUCACUGUAAACUGGAGACACUGAGGUUGCGUAAUUGUGGUGUCUUAGAUGAAGGCUGUGCUGCUCUGACUUCAGCUCUAAGAUUAAACCCCUCACACCUGAGAGAACUGGAUCUGUCCUAUAAUAAUGUAGGAGACUCAGGAGUGAAGUGUCUCUCUGCUUUACUGGAGAAUCCUCUCUGUAAACUGAAGAGACUGGGGUUGUAUAAUUGUGGUGUCUCAGGUGAAGGCUGUGCUGCUCUGACUUCAGCUCUGAGAUCAAACCCCUCACACCUGAGAGACCUGGAUCUGUCCUGUAAUCAUGUAGGAGACUCAGGAGUGAAGCGUCUCUCUGCUCUACUGGAGAAUCCUCUCUGUAAACUGGAGACACUGACGUUGCGUAAGUGUGGUGUCACAGAUGAAGGCUGUGCUGCUCUGACUUCAGGUCUAAAAUCAAAUCCUUUACACAUGAAAGACCUGGAUCUGUCUGAGAAUAAACUAGGACACUCUGGAAAAAAGCUGCUCUCUGCUCUUAAACAUGAUGAACAUUACAAUCUACAGACACGUAUGGUGUGGUGAACAUUUGUGUGUGUGUGUGUGUGUGUGUGUGUGUGUGUGUGUGUGUGUGUGUGUGUGUGUGUGUGUGUGUGUGUGAAAGAGAGAGAGAGAGAGAGAGAGAGAGAGCGCUCUGGUGUUCCUGCAUUUUCACGGUGAGGAAUAGAAGACACUAAACACUUCACUCUUUUGGUUAUAUAAAGUAAAAGACUGAGAUAUGAGAAGUGUGUGUGCAGUGUAUCAGGCUGCAGUGUAUCAGGCUGCAGACGUACUGUAUGUAUAACAACCUCUGAUCGCUGGAUAAAACUCUCCAGCCCUCAAUUCCAUGUGAUCACAGCAUUUUAUCAGAAUUUAAGCUAAGGAAGUUUUGAUAAAGCUGUUUAUGGAUUUAAAGUAAAAGUAAAACAAAUCUAAAAUAAAGCUUAUUAAGAUAAAUAAUGCCCGCUCUUAGAACAAAAAUAAUGGCACCCUAUAAAUGAAGGGAAAAGGGAAUGUCAGUAUCCAGCAAUGGCUGAGCUUCAUUAAUAACACAUUUAAUGCCAAGAGGCACUGUGUCUUUUUUUAUUCUUUACGUUUGUCGUUGGUGGUGUUUGUAUGCCUCGCUUUUAAUGUCUGUAUUAAAAGAUGUAUUAAUGUAAAAGCAGUUUAUCCAUGUUUAGAGAUUAUAGUGAGCUCUACAAGUAUCAGUAAGUUAUAAGCAGUUUGAUGAACCUGAAAGUGUGUUUAAAGUUUCUUCACAUGUCAUUGGCAAGAAGUAUUCAAUAAUUAUUGGACUUAUCUUCAUCCGAUGGUGAAAUUUAAUCAAGUAAUAAAAAAAAAAAAAAAAAUGAUGACAAAUUCAGAACAAACUUACUUUUGAGGUUCAUAUAAAUGUGAAUUCUGGUAUAAUGCAAUGAGUGCAACGAGGCGGUAAAAUAUAAACAAUGGUUAAAUGUUAACAUAUUAUUAAUAUAAUUAUAGUUUUUUUGUAACACAACUCAUUAUUAAUCAUUACCUGCGAUGAAGCAUGAUCAGGGGCAUGAGACGUUCUGGAGGAAUGUCGUCUGUCUUCUGCUGAACUAAUUAUAACAGCUUAAAAAAAUAAUUACACUAAUAAUAAUAAUAAUAAUAAUAAUAAUAAUAAUACACUUUUUUAGAAUAAGAAAUACAUAUUUAAAGCUGUAUAUGAACACGUAAAAUAGUAAAUGGCUUUAUCAUUAAGUUAACAAGUUAACAAACACAACCAUAAAAUAUGUAUUAAAUGUGUAUUAAGUAUGUAUGCAGCUGUGAUCUAACUUUCCCAUUGGUUAAUUAUUCCAAUAAUUUACUAGCAUUUAAUUUUUUGUUCCUGUGUCGUUCCUUUAUGUCUCUCAGACCUAAAGCUAUAAUAUUCGGCCCACAGAUGCUCCAUGCACGCCACGUCUAAGACCUGGAUUGGCUUGAUGGUGGUGCUAUUCGCUCUGCAUAAGAGCGUCUGCCAAAUGCCUGAAUGUAUUCGGUGGCUUAAACCUUAUAAACCUUAUAAACUAAACAACAUGUUAAACUAUAAAUUUCAGUAUAUUUUGAAAUUGAGCCACAUUAAUUUGUUUUCCAAUUUUCACCUUUGCAAUUUUUUUUUCACUACCUCCUUCAAAAUAAUUAAUUAAUAACUCCCCCUGGUUGGUCUGAUUCACAUAAAUCUUGGCAGGGAUAAUUUUUAUAUCUUUUCUUUUAUAUAAGGCAAAACGUUACUUAUAUUUGCCAAUAUUCUCGCUGUAUUGUCUGCGUGCAUGGAGUUUGCAUGUUCUCCCUGUACUUGGUGGGUUUCCUUUGGGUACUCUGGUUUCCUCCCACUGUUUAAAGACAUGCAGAUUAGGCUAACCGGCACUGCCCGUAGUGUGUGUCCUGCAAAGUUAAUUUAAGGAUGUGCCCUGAUUUUGGAAAAAAAUAAAUCAAUAACUUAUUAUGAUAACCAAGUGUCUUUUCUUUGUAUUUUUUUUAUAAAAGCAUGCUAUAAAAAUACACUCAGUGUGUUCAACCUGUUUGACUAAACUAUCACUCAAUGUUUCAAAUAAACAUGAAACAUAUAUUUGGUGUAGAAAGAUUUUAUUUAUUUUAUUUAUAGUUAGGAUGUCACUUUUAGGACAUGAAUAAAAUAAAACAAAGAAAAACUGCAAUAAAAAAUUACAACAGACCUUAAAAUUUGUAUAGUAGAGUUAAAGAGGUGCAUAUUCCUUCUCUCUCUCUCCCUCCUAUCUUCUCUCCCUUACACACAGACUGAUUGUUUUCAAAUGUAAAUUGCAGAAUGAGUAGUCUGAUUUUUACUUUAUAUUUUCUGUUAAUCAUUUUUGUAUAAAUAUUUUUCGGGUAAAAUCAUCGGGGUUCCCAUUAUUUCUUAUGACUAAAUUAGCUCAUCCGGGAUUGCCCUCGCAGCGACAUCUUGUAAUGUGUGCCCUCUCGGGGUGUGAGAUUGAUUUCCUUAGGCAUGGUAAUGGCUUUUGGCCACAUGAUGGCAGUGUGGGAAAAGGGGUCUCACUUUGUCAGACUUAAGAACAAAUCCAGUUUGCGAAUGUGCUCCUGGAACAGAACUCGUUCGUAAGUAGGGGACAACUUGUAGUUAAAAAUGCACAAUGUAUUUUCCCUAUCCCAAUAAUGCCUUUAGUAAGGGGUAAUGUAGUUAGGGGUAAUGUAGUAAGGGGUAAUGGGAAACUGUAGCAUUAUUAUUAUUGAAAAUGACAUUGGCAAUUGGGCAUUUUUGCCAUGUUCAAUUUUUCCAAUUCAUUGAAUAAGAUACAAGAAAAUUUGGAAAAGCCAGAAGUGUCACAUUUGCACAUUACAGUCCACUCUCAUUGGCUUCCACGGUACGUAUAUUAAUGUUGCACAAACCAUUCUUGUUUUAUCAACAAUGGCUCCCAAAUAUACCAUGCAUCUCAUUAAAAUGUUAAUUAUAACUUUUUUAUUUCUUUGUGAAAUGUUACUUUUCUGCUCUUGUACAUCUCAGAUGUCUCAAAUGUUUCUGAAGUAAAUGGUUCCUAUGUUGCUCCUGUUGCAUCUCAGUCAUGCCUCUUCAUUUCUCACAACAUAUUCACUCACUUUCAC